CGAUAGUGUCCGAGGGUAGUUCGGGUGCAUAGCAACGGACAUUUCGGCGGGUAACCGGAUAAGAAGGUGACAAUACUUAGAUGUAGUGCAGGGCAUCAUAAAGGGAGAAGAAAGGAUUGACAUGUGGUAGUAUAAACAGCUGUAUCAUUAAUUCUUAGACAUCAUGAUUUUAGAACAAUUUAGAGGUCACCAGAAUUUGUCAUCAGGAAACUGUGUAUCUGUAAAUGUUUCACAUUUUUAGCUCACCUGAGCUGGAAACUCAAGUGAGAUAUUCUGAUCACUUUUUGUGCACUGUCUGUCUGUUCGUCUGUAUGCACAGUUUUCACCUAUUCAAUUUCUCCAGAACCACUGUGACAAUAUCAAUUAAACUUGGUACAAAUGAUCCUUGGAAGAAAGCCCUUAGGGGAAUCAAGUUCUUGAAAGGAAGAGUCAUGAUCCCUUCAAAAUGGAGAUAAUCAAGAAAAUGGAAAAAAUAGGGUGGAGUCAUUUGAAAAUUUUCUCAAGAACCGUUGGGCCAAAAAAGUUGAAACUUGCAUAAAGGCUUCGUGACAUGGGUACCAUCAAGUUUGUUCAAAUCACGGCCUCCAAGGACAGGGUGGGAUAUUUUAGGGGAUAGGAGUUUUACUUGAGUGUAUAUAACAAACAUCUUUGAAAACGUUCUUGUCAAGAACAACGGAGCUCCGUGUAGUACUGUCAUGUUGAUAUAUGCAAGGAUACCCAGGUAGUGUAGAUUCAAAUGUGAUGAAAUCAGUACCCCCAAAUCCAGAACCCUGUGGAUAGUGAGUGUUCACAAUAGGGAUCCAAGUUUUGGAUGAUAAUAUAUAUAGGAAAAUAUUCUUUUCAACAACAGUAAAUCCAUGAUCGGUCAUUAUGACAAGACCUUACAUUUCAUACCAUGAUUGUUGACCUUUUAACCUUGUAUUUCAGUUAUGUUGUAACAUUUGGGGCAAGAAAAACAAAGAACAGCUGAACAAUAGCAGGGCGAAGGUAACUCAGAUGAUAACAGCUAGAUAUAUCAGCAUCACAAAGACAGAAGAACAGAAAACAGGCACUGAAUUCUCAGGACAGCUGUGUGAAAGAGAAAAGGAAGAUAAAAGCAGAGUGGUUCACACUGGACUCCCAUGAGGUCCUGCAUUACUGAAGAAAGGAAGGUGAUGUUAAAAAGCAUCAGUUUUGACCACACAAAGUAUCUUUAAGUAGGGGGACUCAACAUUAAUCAAAAUCUGACUUCCUGUUUUGACGGAGGAUUGGACCAUCAACAAGUUACUGUAUAGAUUGUGUUCCUAAAGACCCAGACCCUCCACAUCAUGGACACACUAGGACUCAGCACUCAGCUAAAAGUACGACAAUGUUCUCAAUGUCAGGGGGACACUGAGUUUUACUGUAACACAUGUAAACGUGAUCUGUGUUUACAGUGUAAAGAGAAACAUGUCAUCGAUCUACAUACCAAACACCAUGAUGUUGUGAUUUACCGUGAGAAGUUUAACUACAUCCUCAGACAAGAGAUCUGUGUCAGACAUCCAGACAGGUUCUAUGAAAUGUUCUGUCAGUCGUGUGAACUUUCUGUCUGUUUCCGAUGUUUAGAGCACCGAAAACACCAAAUACUGGACAUUAGAACAGCCUAUCAAACAAAGCGACAACAACACCGAGAAAUCAUUGACAACAUCAGAAGUGAGACUCUCUAUAACUGUCGUGUUCUCCUGGCAGGAAUCCAAACUGAUAUCCAAACUUGUCCCCCACAAAUCUGUCACCGUCAAUCACAGCAGAUGUCAACAAAAGCCCAGAGACUGAAGGAUCUGAUUGACACUGCGGUAUGUAAUGUUAAAACAAGAUACCGAGGUUUAUUGAUUGAUAGAAUACAACAACAGAAGAGAAAAAUGAACAGACACCUCACCCACAUACAGAACUAUGAAGACAGAUAUGAACAAUCAGCAAACAGAGCGGUACAAUUCCUCUUGUUUAUAAAGACCAGUCGUGUCCCCCAGAUAAAGGACACCCCUAAUCUUCCACAACACCUGCUGCUGUCCCUGACUGAGGGAUUCAACAUGGAGGAUGUCAGUCAGUUAUUGAGGGGAAUCCCAGAAAUCCAAAUGACAACAGGAAAACGACAAGUAGGAAUAGACGAGUGUGUGAAACUGAUGUCCACACCUGUAUUACACACGUCUGUCUGUGUGACAGGUGUUAAUUGUGUGGUACACAUAUCUCGUGUGAUGUCAGACCGGGUCUGGGUCUCUGAUGAUAACAAUCUCAUCUUGACAGACACAACAGGAGACACUAUACACCGUGUGACAGAUAUAACAUUCUAUGGAGAACACACAGUGAACAGUUCUGGUGAACUGAUUUAUGUAGACAGUAAACGUAACAUCAACAAACUGUCUGUGAACAAUCACACAGUCACCACACAGAUAGAGUAUACAUCACCAUGGCAACCACGGUGUGUGUACUGCUCCCCGUCCACUGGAGAUCUGAUGGUCGGGAUGUGUAACUAUAAAACAAACAAAGGCAAGGUAACCCGGUACAACAGUAGUGGUCAACACAUCCUGACCAUACAACACGACAACAAACGUCAGACACCGUAUAGUGAUCCUCAUUAUAUCACAGAGAACAAUAACGGUGAUAUUAUUGUGUCUGACUUGUUACGUGGUGUAGUAGUGACAGAGCGCGGGGGGAGACAUCGAUUCUCCUACACAGGACCUCCAUCAGGAUCAUCACUAUUACCACGUGGAAUCUGUACAGACGCGCUGUCACACAUCCUGGUGUGUGAUGAUAACACCGACACAGUACAGAUGAUUGACAAGGACGGUCACUUCCUGUCUCUGUUACUGACACGACAACACAGGAUAAACAGACCACGCAGCCUGAACUAUGAUGAUAAAACUCACCUUCUCUGGGUCGGAUCAUGGUACACCAACACAGUGUCUGUAUAUAGAUAUCUACAGAGGAGGUACUCUCUGACUGAUAAUCCAGACAGAGAUGAGCAGAUCACGGAAGCUUCUGAAAGUUAUGAGUAUGAGGAGGUUCAGGAAUCGGGAUCAGAGCUGGAAAUCAGUGGAGAGUCAGAGUCUGAAGAAAACAGCGAGGAUCUGAAGUCUGAGGAUAGCAGCGAGGAAUCUGAUCCUGAUGACGAGGACACUACUGAAUCAGGGACCAGUGAAGAAAAUGGUGUAGAGGAAAACGAUGAUCGGAAUUUAGAGGAGACCAGCGAGAAUGAAGAUGAAUAAGAAAUGUCUGGAUGUCAGCACGAAUGGGUAGAUUACUGUGACUAAACAGGGCACCAACACCUCAUCACCACAUCAUCUUCCACCCUCCACCUGAGACAUUGAUGUUAACAGGCUACCAACACCUCGUCACCUCAUCAUCUUCCACCCUCCACCUGAGACAUUGAUGUUAACAGGCCACAAAUAUCUCAUCGCCACAUCAUCUUCCUCUCUUCACUUGUGUUCCCAGAUAGAAUCCCUGAUAAACCUUAAAAUAAAGCAAUCUAUCAUUAACUGAAAAAACAAUAGCUUUGAACUUUGACAUUGCAAUAUAGUACAGGCAGGCAGCAGCUUUCUGUUUGGAAUUUAAUUUUAAGUUGAGUGAAUCCUCUUGAGGACAUGAAUCAGAUUUCACAAACGUAAUACGCCAGUUUCGAGCUUAGAGCUCUCCUGUGUAUGAGGUGCAUUUAGUGGAACUUUGAAUCCUUAGGUGGGACAGAGUGGUACCACAGUCAGUGAGAAAGACAAUGAAAUGUAUAAAACUCGACUUCUUAUUAAAUACUUGAUGUAGGAAAUGUAUAAUACUGUCAAAAGAAAUGUUUUAUCAAAUUGGAACCAUAAAUACAAUGUUAUAUUUCCAAGCAAUGUCCUGGAUAUGAUAGCUAGGAGCAACAAAAUAACGUGAUAUAUUAAGAAUUCUAAGUAUUUAAUUACUUUUUGAAUACUGAUCAUUUACUUAGUUUAUGUAUCAGUCGAAAUUGGGUGAUGAAACUGCGUAUGAUAAACUUACUGAGCAGAUUCACUUAUCUGUCCCACUCCUGCGUGUAAACAAGUUGUUUUACACCUUACUAAGUACGAGAGUUCUCCAAAGGGAAAUAACUCGGACGUAUCUCGAAACCGGCGUAUUUUCUUUGGUUUCUGUUGAUGAGAACAAGGAAAACAUUGACCCCAGUGUGCAAUACACGUGUUGUGAAAACAGUUUUAUGUUUAUAUCAGAUUUGUAUAGACAGUUUUAUGCAUGUAACAUGCUUAUCAUGAAAAAAAUAUAUAUUGGUAUGGGAAUUUUGUAUAUUACUUCAUUUGGUUUAAUGAUUGUAUCUGAAAUUUUGUAUAUUAAGUUUUAUGUGUAGUUUGAUGUUUGUAAAUCAAUGUUUUGAAUAUUACUACAUUUAGUUUGAAGAUUGCAUCAGGAGUUUUGAAUAUUACUACAAUUAGUUGAUGAUUGUAUCAGAAAUUUCGUAUAUAACUACAUGUAGAUUUAGUUCAAUGUUUGCAUCAGAAGUUUUGAUAAACUUAGAUCUCCAGUUUCAUGUAUAUCUGUUAUUGACAUUGCAUUGUUUAAAGAAUGUUACACCAGAAUAUAAUAUUGUCACGUAAAAAUCA